AUGGCUGUGGUUCACUUCCGUAACAAAGUUGGGAAAGUGGGAAAAGCAUCACCCCAUGCAGCAUACAUUGCUCGAUUAGGUGAGUAUGAAAAGCGACUUCAAAAAGAGAAGCUAGAAGCUACAGGUUUUGGCAAUAUGCCGAAAUGGGCUGAGAAUGAUCCCAUCGAAUUUUGGCGUUCAGCCGAUCUUUUUGAACGAAAAAAUGGCAGUACCUAUCGCGAAUUUGAAAUUGCUUUACCCAGAGAAUUGGACGAAAAGCAAAGACUGGCAUUGGUUGAAAGUUGGAUUAAACAAGAGAUUGGCGAUAAAUACGCAUAUCAAUAUGCAAUCCAUACCCCGAAAGCCCUUGAUGACUUAGAUCAACCGCAUGUGCAUUUGAUGUUUAAUGAACGCGUACGUGAUGAUCUCGAACGAGAUCCACAACAAUAUUUUAAACGUUACAAUGCCAAGUAUCCUGAACGUGGCGGAUUAAAAAAAGACAAUACAGGUAAAGAUCCACAAACAAGGCGAGAAGAAUUAAAGGCACUCCGUGGACGAUGGGAAAACAUCGUCAAUCACCAUCUUGAACAGGCUGGGGUUGAUACACGUAUUAGCAUGAAAAGCCUCAAAGCACAGGGUAUUGAUCGAGAGCCUGAACCGAAAUUACUUCCGAGCCAAUCUAACGAACUGAAGAAAGAACUUGCUCAACAAAAAGCAUUUGAUUAA